AUGAAUCCACCUGAUAGCAGACGCACUCAGCAACAGCAGGCCCCGAGAAAGGGCAGACGUCUGCGCGCCGCUCGUGCCUGUGAGAGGUCCCGUAUCAAGAAGUACAAAUGUGACGAGGAGCUGCCGUGCUGCCACUGUGCAAAUGUCGGCGGGGACGAACAGUACGAGGACCUCGUGUCACCAGUCCAGGAGGAAGACACCGACGUCGACCGGCAAACCAAGGCGAUCGAGUUCCACGAUUUCCACAUCGUCCAUCGCCCUGCUCCGGGACCUUCAGAUGUCCCUAGGCCGCCUAUUUCAAGCAGCGAGCAACGACAACAGCCUCUGCCCUUCUUGCCGGGCUCUGGCGACUCUCAUGGGCGCUUCAACCUCGUGUCAGAGCUGCGUAACACGUCCUUCACCCCGCGGGCCGGCACCGAGGGCAACACGACGAUGCAGCAAAGGAACCUCUACGUCAAGGAGGCACAGUACUUCAUCGACGCCUACUUCCAGAACUUCCACUUCAUCCACCCCUUCAUCGACAAGGAAGUCUUCGGCCGGCGGGCGGCUGACAUGUGGGCCGUCGGGGAUCCGGCCAGUGACAUGUGCUUCUUCUGCACGUAUCUGGGCCUCAUGUCCCUCGGGGCGCUCAUCGGGGAGUGGGAGUGGGAGGAGGACCGCCUGGAGGGGCUGAACAGGUUCGAGUGGAGCCGCAAGUUGUUCGACGAGGCGCUGGCGAACUUGGCCGACUUGCAUUUUCCUGCCAACUUGGACACUGUGCACUGCCUGUACCUGUGCGCCAAGGUCUGCCAGAACGAGCUCAACCACAACAUGGCCUACUUGUACUCAGGCUUUGCCGUGCGCAUCUGCCUCACGGCCGGGUUCAACCAGGACAACGGCGGUGGCGGAUUUGGCACUACCAGCAGCAGCAGUCCAUCCUCGUCACAGCAGAUAUCACGCACCUGGUGGGGCCUCUACUCCCUGGAGAUGGAACUCAGCUUCGCCCUGGGCCGCCCGGAUACUCUGGGGCUAGAUGAAUACCACGACCGGCCAAUACCGCCCGUCGACGACUCCGAGUUCGCCAUAAUCCCCCUGAUGGUGGAUUUCGCGCGCAUCGUGCGCCGCAUCGCCAUCGGCAUCUACCACUCCCCCACGUCCUGGCAGCAGAGGAUGGCCCGCGCGCAUCAGGCCUGCCUGUCCUUCAACGUCAUCAUCAUCUUCUUCUGGAUGUCGCUGUUCCGGCCAUUCCUGUCCAUGCUGACGAGGAAUAACUCUGGCACGCCGCCGCCUGCUGGUGUGGCCGAGGCCGUGGACAAGUGCAUCGCCUCGGCGAAGCGGACCAUAGAGGUCGUCCACGAGGCCAUGAUUGCCAACAGCUUCUUCCGCACGUGGUGGAUGUUGCGUGUGGAAAUACUCGAGGCUAUGGACGAGUGUAUGGUGGCGAGGAAGUCGGCAAAUAUCAUUCGGCAUAUGUUGGCGCAGGUCAAGGGCCAGCCGACGCCGAUUCCGAAGACAACGGCCGAGUUUGAUAAUAACAGGAACGUUCAACCACAUCUGGACGAGUCUAUUGCGGCGGCGGAUAAUGAGGGCUCGGAAUUCUUUAUGAACGAUGCUUUGGACUUUAAUGUUGGCUCGAAUUUCUUGUUUCCCAGCUAUCUUUUUACCAACGACCUCUCUUCUGAGGGUUUGUGA